AUGGCAGAUGAGUAUGUCUUGGUGACUGGUGGCGCCGGAUACAUUGGCAGUCACACAGUGGUGGAGCUGCUCAGUGCUAACUACAAUGUGGUGGUGAUUGACAACCUGGUCAAUGCUAGUAUGGUAAGUGUCAGCAGAGUGGAGGACAUCACUGGAAAGAAAGUGCCAGCCCAUCAGGUUGAUUUACUGGACAAAAGUGCCAUCAGAGAUGUCUUUCAGAAGUAUAAGAUUUCUAUUGUGAUGCAUUUUGCUGGACUGAAAGCUGUAGGAGAGUCUGUGGCCCUUCCCCUCUUGUAUUACCACAAUAACAUUGGAGGCACAGUAAACUUGUUAGAGGUUAUGAAAGAAUUUGAUGUAAAAAACAUCAUUUUCUCAAGCUCGGCUACAGUGUAUGGCUCACCACAAUAUUUACCUGUUGACGAGAAUCAUCCUAUUGGAGGUUGCACAAAUGCCUAUGGGAAAACCAAGUAUUUCAUUGAAGAAAUUAUACGAGAUGUAUGCAAUGCAGAUAAGACAUGGAAAGGCAUACUGCUGCGAUAUUUCAACCCAGUCGGUGCCCACAAGUCUGGCAAGAUUGGGGAAAACCCACAGGGGGUCCCCAACAACUUGAUGCCAUUUAUAGCUCAGGUUGCUGUGGGGAGACGGGAGUAUCUGACAGUUUACGGAGAUGAUUACGACACUCCCGACGGCACAGGUGUCAGAGACUACAUCCAUAUAGUGGACUUAGCUAAAGGUCAUGUGGCAGCUAUAGACAAGCUGAAGAGGGACUGUGGAUGUGUGGCUUACAAUCUGGGCACUGGUGUAGGUUAUUCUGUGUUAGAUAUGGUGAAAGCAUUUGAGAAGGCAUCUGGCAAAUCUAUCCCCUACAAAGUAGCACCUCGCCGUGCUGGAGAUAUAGCUUCAGUUUAUGCCAACCCAGAGAAAGCUGAGAAGGAACUGGGAUGGAAAACCACAUUAGGCCUUGAUGAGAUGUGUGAAGAUCUGUGGAGAUGGCAGUCCAACAACCCUUACGGCUACGAAACAUCAAGCUAG